AUGACCGGCCAAAAGGAUAUCAAGGUUGAAUCUGGCCAGAUUGACUUAGACGUCGACAAUGGUACCACUCAGGAGCCAAUCGAUCCAGCCAUUGCGAGAACUUUGAAACGCAAGGCUGAUUUUAUUCUUCUUCCCGUAUUGGCUAUCGCUUAUUUGCUGAACUCUCUUGAUCGCAGCAAUGUUGCGAAUGCGAAUACUGCUGGUCUAGAAGCUGACCUGAAUCUUGUUGGAAACCAAUUUAAUCAAGUUCUCACCUAUUACCAAGUUCCAUUUAUUAUCUUCGGCCCAUUGCUCACGGUCGUCACUAAGCUGAUUGGAGCCAAGUAUUCAAUCGCCGGUAUGCUUUUUUGUUUCGGUAUUGCAUCACUCGCGACCGGCUGGGCUCGGACGUUCGGGCAUUUAGUUGCCUGCCGCGUGAUUGUGGGAAUAUUUGAAUCCGGCUUCCUCGCUUCUGUAUUCUACUACUUGUCUGUAUGGUACACUCGAUCGGAGCUCGCAACUCGAAUUGGCAUAUUCUAUGGCGCAUUGGUCGCGUCAUCUGCCUUUGGGGGUCUUCUCUCAUAUGGCAUGUUUCAGGUGACCGCACGAAACGGAUAUUUCCGUUGGUCAUAUUUAUUUUUCCUCGAGGGAGCCUUGACCGUCUGUUGGUCCCUGGUUACGUUCUUUUUCCUUCCUUCAGACGUGCAAUCCGCUUGGUUCUUAACCGCAUCCGAGAAAGCCACAGCUCAAGAACGCUUAAAACGAGACUCGGUCGAUUCGCUUGAUUCAAGUUAUACCCUUUCUGAAUUUUUCACAGAGUUUAAGGCGCCCCAUAUUUAUAUCCGACUUAUCUCUACUUUUAUUCAAGGAGUGACAUUAACCUCCAACGCGAACUUCUUGGCAAUGAUCAUCAAAGGUCUACAUUUUAGUACGAUUAGGACCAACCUGCUGACCAUUGCUCCCGCCCUGGUUGGAGCAAUCACGUUGAUCUGCUUCUGUCGCUCUUCCGACUACUUUUAUGAACGCGGGUAUCACAUUGGUAGCUCUUUGGUCCUGAGUUUUGUCGGCUAUAUUAUUCUGUAUUGUGGAGAAAACAAAGGGUGGGGAGUGCUAUAUUUCGCCAUGUUUCUCUGCACCAUGGGAGCAUACCCCAGCACACCCCUUGGAGCAACUUGGACCAUUGCGAAUAUUCCAAACUUGAAUGCCCGCGCUCUGACCAUUGGAGUUUACAACUCAGUCGGUAACUGCGCUGGACUCUUGUCAAGUAACAUCUAUAUAUCCUCGGAGGCGCCUCGGUAUAUUACAAGCUUACGGGUCAAUCUUGCAAUGGCCGCUUUGGGUUCUUUCGUUAGUUUCGCCUAUGGUGGCUGGAUGAGGUGGGAGAAUCGUCGUCGCGAUAAACAGUUUGGCCGAUCGGAUAACUUGACUGUUGGUGUCACUGACACCUCAGACCCUAACUUCCGAUUCCAGUAUUAA